AUGACGUUGAUACAUGGAUUCUACGCGAGUUUUUUACUGGAUGUCUUGGAGGAAAGUAAUGAUGAGUUCGAUGUGACCGGAAAGUUUAUUCGGGUUGUACGUAGCAAUUUUAUCGGUAUUAGAAGUUUAGUGUUCAUGUACCAAAACUCACAUGAUGACCACUUUAUACACGAGUUAAUUGGCAAUCAUCCAUUUUACUGCGUGCAAAUCACCAGUGAUUAUUCAGGAGUACGCGAAUUUAACGGUCCAUAUAAUGCUGAGAAUGAUUUUAAUGAUUUUGUCACUUUCGAAGAGAGUAAAUUGUAUCUGUAUAAGAUUGACGACGAUGAAUCAUUUACGAAUGCAUUACAGACAAUGCACAGCUUAUAUUUUUACCGAGUGCGUGACAAGUUGCUGAUCGUAAUGAAGACUGACAUUGAUCAUGAGUGCAUUGUCGACACUCUGUUGAAAUUGCAAAUGCACAAUGUGAUUUUUGUUUAUACGAACGGAAGUGUUUUCACUUACGACAGCAUGAUGGAAAAAUUCUGGUUUGAGAUUCAAGACGAAGACUACUUUUAUAAUAAAUUGGUCGAUUUUAAAAGACAUCAUAUAAAAAUCUCGAUGUUUGAUCAUCCAAGAGACGCCAUUGCUAUCAAGCAUAGUAAAUCUUAUACAGGACGAGAUGGUUUGUUGGCAACAACUUUUCUAGAAUGGAUCAACGCGACGGGAACUUAUAUAAAACCCACUGACGGAAUAGAUUAUGGCGAAAAUCUUGGACAUAAAAAUAUCACUGGUGUUUUUGGGGACGUAGCAAGAAACUUGACGUCUGUCGCGUUGAAUUCACGACUGAUGAAACCGGAAUUUGAAAAUUUAGUAGAGUAUACAUAUCCGCAUGAUCGUGAUGAUUUGGUUAUUAUGGUGCCGUGUGAAAACGCGGAUGCUACCAUUGAAUAUUAUAAAAGUUUCGAAGGCGCUGUAUGGUUGAGUGUUUUGAUAUUCAACUUUUUCUGCAUGUUUGUGUUCAUAAAAACCGAUACUUUUGACCGAGUAUCAACCGCUGCCUUGUAUACAUUUGGUAUAUUCUUUGGCCAAUCAUAUUCGAUGUCGAAGGCAACCAUCGGACGAGUUUUGGUACUUUUGUACACGUUUUAUUCGUUUCUGAUUGUGGUGCAUUACACCUCGCUGCUGAUGAGCAUCAUUACAGUUCCAAAUCAACCGAAAGAAAUCGACACGUUUGAAGAACUCGCCGAAUCUGGACUGGAAAUGUACACAGUUGAGCGUUACAAGCGAUAUCUGGUAAAAUACGGAGAGCCAUCAGUGAAAAUAUUGAAGGAUCGAAUAUUUAUUGAUCCGAAAAAGUCCCUAACUCAAUUAAUUAAUGAACACGGUCAAUAUGCAAUUAUUCAUAAAAGAAGUGUCGCGGAAUGGGCUGUACUUAAUCGCAAAAACUAUAAAAACGGUAAAAUGAUUCAUCGCAUUAUGAAGAAGUCACCAUUCCCGUGUAUUGUUUGUUUUAUUGUAAAAUAUGGCUCACCAUUGAAACUCACGUUAAAUAAAUUUAUAAAAAGAAUAUUCGAAGGUGGAGUGCCGCAGUAUUGGAUGUCCCUGACAUUGAAUAAAAUAUUUUGUGAAGAGAAUAAAUAUUAUCAUCAAAGUUUUAAUCCAGAGAAACAAAUUGAAUUGAAGGAACUUAUACCAGUGUUUUCACUUUAUGGAAUUGGUAUCGUAUUGGCGAUUUGCCUGUUUAUUGGUGAGCUUAUUUAUUAUAAUUAUUAUGUGAAAAUAGAAAUGCAAACAACAAGUAAUUAAUAAAUUAGA